GAUGUCAUGGUAUGACAUAUUUAUUUUUAUCUACCAAAAAAGCAAAGUGGAAAGAAAGAAAAUCUAGUACUAAUCAAUAAGUAGACCAAGCUAUAUACGGACAUCAUGUAGACUACAUAUGUCAUUCAAUAAAAUAUGUUUGAACUAUUGUUAUGUCUGAGAGAGGAGAUUAUUAAGGCAAGUGUAAACCUAAUUAGCUGUGGAGGGAGAAUCACACUGCUUCACUAUUGUUGGUUCAGAAAUGACAACCAGAGAUAUUUAGACCUUGCUUUUUGUACCUAUCCAGAGCCAGGGGUUGUGUAGAAGCCCCCUUAGGGUGUAGGAACUGGCACAGCCUCUUAGACUAUCCUUCGAUCAUCUAGAGGGGAAAUUGGUACUGGGUGAGGAUGAGAAGCAUCCUGUCUGCAAACCUAUCAGCCACUCACCUCUCCAGGCUCUGACUUUCUGAUGCUGCACCUUCGCCGACCUGGGUAUCCUGAACAGACCUAAAGUCAUCCUGCUUCAGGGUCUUUGCUGUGGUAGUCCUUUCACCUGAUGAGCCCUGGCCAUCACUCUUGCACUUUUCAAAACCUGUCAUACAAUCAUGGCCUACAUCCUUAAGGAAAUGACUUAGAAGCCUUACAAAUACAUCUGUGCAUUCUUGCUUCAGACUUUACAAUUGAGGGCCAACCCUGUCUGGAAGCACUUCUUAUUAAUGUUACAAGGAAACCGCUACCUCAGCAAACAAAAGGAAUGAAGACGACUUAUAAUAGCAAAUGCCAUUUUUUUGAAGGAAAAAAAAAACUUGUUUUCAGAAAACAUUAGAGGAAAUUUGGAAAUUUUUUGCAUUGAGAAGAAGCUUUACAGGUAAAUAGAUUUGGCAGGCAGGCUCUGUCAAAAUUCUGCAGAUUUGAUCUUCCUUCCUAAGGACUUAGUGUGAAGUGAUUCUGUACUGCUUUUUAAAUUGCUGUUGAUCAGCUUGUGGGUUUUGGGGUUCUAACUUUUCUGGUAUAUUGAAGAUACAUUAUAUUACAUUUUUUAAAGUUAAGUUAUUUUUCUGCCAUUGUAAAUACAAGUAUCAAAAUAUUCUUGCAAAGCAGUUCUCAGUAAACAUUUUUCUCAGCAACCAUAUCUUUUUAUUAAGAGGGUGGAAUGCUAACAGUUCUUGUAUAGCAUUUUGGACACACUUAUUUUUUGUCAGAGGUCCUGUCUCCACUGAAAAUAUUAACUAUAUAAACUUCUUGUCCUUUUCACGUCGACAUUGGAUCACAUGGUCACCUGCCUCAUGGAAAUGCCUUUUUUAAAACUUAGAUUUGCAGAACUCCACUAUUUUUAUACCUAGCCACGGUUUUAGGAAGAAAAAAGGAAUCAGAACCCUGACCCUCUCCCGGUUACUGGGACAGUCCCCUUCCCGCAUGUAUUGCUGCAGUGCCCAGGACAGUAAAAUGGACUACAAGCGGCGCUUCCUGCUUGGCGGGUCCAAGCAGAAGGUGCAGCAGCACCAGCAGUACCCAAUGCCCGAGCUGGGCCGAGCACUGAGUGCUCCCCUGGCGUCUACGGCCACCACCGCCCCCCUGGGCAGUCUGACCGCUGCAGGCAGCUGCCACCACGCCAUGCCCCACUCCACUCCCAUUGCCGACAUCCAGCAGGGCAUCUCCAAGUACCUGGACGCCCUCAACGUUUUCUGCCGUGCCAGUACUUUCCUCACAGAUCUCUUCAGCACUGUGUUCAGGAACUCUCACUACUCCAAGGCAGCCAUGCAGCUCAAAGAUGUGCAGGAGCACGUCAUGGAAGCAGCCAGUCGGCUGACUUCAGCCAUCAAGCCUGAGAUUGCCAAGAUGCUGAUGGAACUUAGUGCUGGGGCUGCGAACUUGACAGAUCAGAAGGAAUUCAGUCUCCAGGACAUUGAGGUGUUGGGACGAUGCUUUUUGACAGUGGUGCAGGUCCAUUUCCAGUUUUUGACCCAGGCGUUACAGAAGGUACAGCCCGUGGCUCACUCUUGCUUUGCUGAAGUUGUUGUGCCAGAAAAAAAGAACAGCAGCAGUGGCGGCGGCUUAUCUGGCAUGGGCCACACAUCGGAACUGGAGGAAGCGGUGCGAUCCUGGCGAGGGGCUGCUGAGGCAACAUCUAGAUUGAGAGAAAGAGGCUGUGAUGGCCGCCUGGCAGGAAUUGAAGUUCAACAGCUCUUCUGUUCUCAAAGUGCAGCAAUUCCCGAGCAUCAGCUAAAAGAACUGAACAUAAAAAUUGACAGUGCUCUGCAAGCAUAUAAAAUAGCUCUGGAAAGCUUAGGUCACUGUGAAUAUGCAAUGAAAGCUGGUUUCCACCUGAAUCCAAAGGCAAUAGAAGCCAGUUUGCAGGGCUGCUGCAGCGAGGCAGAGGCGCAGCAGACAGGGCGGAGGCAGACCCCGCCGCAGCCCAUGCAGUGUGAGCUUCCCACUGUGCCCGUGCAGAUAGGAUCAAGCUUCCUGAAGGGGGUCUCCUUCAACGAGUCGGCUGCCGACAACCUGAAACUCAAGACGCAUACGAUGUUACAGCUGAUCAAGGAGGCAGGCUGCUAUAAUGGAAUCACACCCAGGGACGACUUCCCUGUCACUGAAGUCCUGAACCAGGUGUGCCCAUCCACGUGGCGGGGUGCCUGCAAGACUGCCGUGCAGCUGCUGUUUGGCCAGGCCGGACUGGUGGUAGUUGAUACAGCACAGAUUGAAAAUAAAGAAGCCUAUGCCCCCCAAAUCAGUUUAGAAGGCUCCAGAAUUGUGGUUCAAGUCCCAUCCACAUGGUGCCUGAAAGAAGACCCUGCUACCAUGUCCCUGCUGCAGAGAAGCCUAGAUCCCGAGAAGACGCUGGGCCUGGUGGAUGUGCUCUACACGGCGGUGCUGGACCUCACCCGCUGGAGGGCAGGGAGGGAACAAGCUUUACCCUGCAUACAGAUCCAGCUUCAGAGGGAGAUCUGUGAUUUUGGAAAUCAGGCUGACUUGCCUUCUGGGAAUGGGAACAAGUCUUCAGGUGGCCUGCAGAAGACAUUCUCCAAGCUGACCUCCCGGUUCACCAAGAAAGCUUCCUGUCCCAGCUCUAGCAGCAGCACAAGUUACUCCAUUCCAAAUACCCCUUCCAAAAACAUCUUCAUAGCCGGGUGUUCGGAAGAGAAGGCCAAAAUGCCCACUAAUAUGGACUCAAGGCUACAAAGCAUUUUGAACAUUGGUAAUUUCCCUAGAACUGCAGAUCCUUCACAGUCAGCUCAGAAUUCCAGUAAUCAAAUGGCCAAUGGUUUUCUCCUAGAGAGGCGUGACAACUUUCUGCAAGGGGAUGAUGGCAAGGAUGAGAAGGGUAUGAAUUUGCCAACCGAUCAGGAAAUGCAGGAGGUGAUCGAUUUUCUCUCGGGCUUUAACAUGGGCCAGUCACACCAGGGCUCCCCACUGGUGACACGGCGCAACUCUGCCGCCACAGCCAUGGUGACUGAGCAGAAGGCAGGAGCCAUGCAGCCACAGCAGCCGCCACUGCCAGUGCCCCCACCACCGCGGCCACCCCAGGCUGGGGCGCACACACCUCUGACACCCCAGCCGGGCUUGGCACCUCAGCAGCAGUCCCCAAAGCAACAGCAGCCCCAGGUCCAGUACUACCAACACCUGCUGCAACCUGUCGGACCGCAGCAGCCCCCGCCCCAGCCCCGGGCCCCUGGGAAAUGGGUAUCCGGCUCAUCCCAGCAGCCAGCGCAACCCGUCGGAGCUGGUCUGUCUCCCCUUGGCCAGUGGCCUGGCAUAUCUGAUCUCAGUUCUGACUUGUACAGCUUGGGUCUGGUGAGCAGCUGUUUGGAUGAUGUGAUGUCGGAGGUUUUGGGACAAAAGGCACAGGGACCUAGAAAUAACACCUGGCCAAACCGUGACCAAAGCGAUGGAGUCUUCGGGAUGUUGGGAGAGAUUCUGCCUUUUGAUCCUGCAGUGGGUUCAGAUCCCGAGUUUGCGCGCUAUGUGGCAGGAGUGAGCCAAGCAAUGCAGCAGAAACGGCAAGUCCAACAUGGUCGCCGCCCAGGCAAUCCCCGGGGCCACUGGCCACCCAUGGAUGAUGCCCAUCGGACCUGGCCUUUCCCAGAGUUCUUUGCAGAAGGGGAUGGCCUGCACAGCGGCUGGGCAGGGGCUCAGGGAGACUCAGCCAGCUCGAGUGAUGAGACAUCCUCUGCCAACGGGGACAGCUUGUUCUCCAUGUUUUCAGGGCCUGACCUCGUUGCUGCUGUCAAGCAGAGAAGGAAGCACAGCAGCGGUGAGCAGGAGACCAGCACGCUGCCCUCACCGCCCCUUCUCACUGCAGUGGACGACGUGAACCAGGAUAACAAAACCAAAACGUGGCCACCCAAAGCCCCCUGGCAGCACCCUUCCCCGCUGCCCAGCACCCUGCCUGGCCCAAGUGCACCACUCUAUGCAGUCGCCAGCCCCGGCAGCCAGUGGAGCGACACCAUGCAGAUGCUGCAGUCCCCGGUGUGGGCCGCCACCAGUGACUGCAGUGCUGCCUCCUUCACCUACGUGCAGCCCCCGCCGCAGCCCCCGCCCCCACCAGCACACAAGGCAGCCCCCAAGGGCUUCAAGGCCUUCCCUGGGAAGGCUGAGCGCAGACCGGCCUAUUUGCCCCAGUACUGACCCCGGGCCUGCCUGCCUGCCCGCCCAGAGCUUUUGGGGACAGGGGCCCCAGCCCAGGGCUGACUGGCUGGCAACAGCCCCCCAGAGGACCAGUGCACCCCUGUCCCAGGCAGGGAUCCUUGGGGAUGGAGGUAGUUGGCAGCUC